AAACAAUUGCUUCAGAGUAAAUAUCACGCUGCGUGAUAAGCGAUAAGACUGGGAAUUGAAAAGAGGAGGUGCUGCGAUUAUAAUUAUCAAUUUUCCCCGUACUCUUCUUCAUAAGUUAUGGCUGGUGUUCCACUGGUCACCAAAAAUGACUUCAGAAAGAAGGUAUGGGACCAUUUAGAAAAGAAUGAUUUGGCAGAGUUUCCAAGACCUGUGCAUAAUAGGAUCCCCAACUUCAAGGGCGGCGCGACGGCGGCGCACUCGCUGGCCGCACUCGACGAGUUCAAGCAGGCCAAGGUGGUGAAGGUGAACCCGGACAAGCCGCAGGAGACCGUGCGCUUCCUGGCACUGGAGGCGGAGAAGACGGUGCUGGUGCCGACGCCGCGGCUCCGUCACGGUCUGUUCAACCGGCUGACGCCGCCGGGACUCUCCAAGGAAGAGCUGCGCCGCGUGUCACGCGCCGAGGGCGUCAGCAAGUUCAGCUCGCCCGUCGGACUGGACAACAUCGUGCCCGUGGACCUGAUCGUCGUCGGAUCGGUGGCCGUCUCCAAGGAUGGAUACCGAAUCGGCAAGGGCGAGGGCUACGCUGACCUGGAGUACGCGAUGGCUCGCGGCUCGGGGGCCGUCUCCGAGGAUACGCUGGUCAUCACCACCGUCCACGACGACCAGGUGUUCGCCUCGCUGCCGCCGGAGCUGUUCGGCUCCCACGACCUCACCGUGGAUGUGAUCGUGACACCGACCCAGGUGAUCCGCGUCAGCAAGCGGCACCCCAAGCCGACCGGCAUCAUCUGGAAGCUGGUCACACCGCGCAAACUGAAGGCCAUCCCCGUCCUGAAGGCUCUGCGUGAGGUCGAGGCAGUGGCCGGCAAGGACGUGACACUCGGAGAACCAACGGAGGCCGAGCUGGAGGACGCCGCCGCGCGCAAGGGCCGCCGGCUGCGGGCCGACAUGGCCCCCGACUCCGGCCGGCCGGCCGGUCCCGGCGGGCCGCGCCGCCGCCGCCGAGAGGUGGGCGCCGGUGACGCCGAGCCCUCGCACAGCGACUACGACGAUGACGGCACGGACAAGCGGCGCCGGCGGCGUCCGGCCGCGCCGCGCCGCCGCCGCCGCGUCGCCAGUGACGCGGCCGCGAGCGACGCUCAGGAGGAGCCCGAGGACGAGAUGCGCCACCAGCAGCGCCGCCGGCGCCGGCCGCCGCCGCCAGUCGAGCCGGUGCGACACGCAGACGAGGAGACGCGGCGGCCGCGCGUGCGUCGCGAACGGCCGCCCAUCGACCACGCCGACGGCCUGACUGUGAUCGUGCGCCGGAUCCCGUCCGACGCACGACCCCGCGAUCUGCGCGAGGCCAUCAUGGCGGCCGACUCUCCGGCCACCAUCCUCUCGUGGAAGGGCCGCCAGGGCGUGGCGCUGCUGCGCCUGCGCUCGGCGGAAGAUGUGGAGCAUCUCCUGGAUGCCGGGGACAGCUUUAAGCUCGUCAACGAAGUGGUGUUGCUGGAGAAGUACGACCAGAAGCGCGCCGCGCCGCCCGCAGACCGGCCAGCUCGCUCGGAGAGGGCGGACCGCUCAGAGCGGCCCGAGAAGGCUGAGCGCGCCGAGCGGGGUGAGCGCAAGGAGCGCAGUGAGCGGAGGAGGCGGCCGGAGCGCGAGGAUCGGUCGCGCAGCGGCGGGCGCCGCCGGCAGGGCCCGCGGCCCGUCUCGCACGAGGAGGCUGAACUGACGGUGUUCAUCGGUCGGCUGCCGGCCACCACACGCGUACGCGAGCUGCGCGCCGCGCUGCUGGCUGCCGGCGCGCAGGAGCCCUCCAUCGCGUGGAAGGGACGCCGCGGCAUGGCGUUCGUGCGCCUCAAGACCCCGGAGGCUGCCGAGCAGCUGGUGGCCGCCGCCGACCAGCUGAAAGUGAUCAGCGACGAGCUGGUGGUGGAGCGAUACAAGGGCCGCGAGCACCACGACUCCGAGGACGGCGCAGAGGAGACGGAGAAGGCACCCGCCAGAAAACCCCGCAGGGAAGCUGCGGAGACGACCACCGUGGUUGGCAAUGGGGAGAGCGAGAGGGUGCCGACGGCUACUGUGAAGGAGGACGUCAAGCCGACAGUGGAUGGCUCAAAGAAGAAAGACAAGGCUGCUGAUGCUACGAACAGCACGGCGAAGCCCGCGGCUACGCCGGCUACGGAUUCGUCCAAAGCAGCCGCUGAUGGUGCGGCGAAACUCUCCAGUGAUUCCAAGCCUGCGGAAGCAGCGAAGUCACCACCAGCGAAUUCGAAACCAGCGCCAGUAAAAGAUGAGCCGGCACCCGCUAAGGCCGAGCCGGCACCCGCUAAGGCUGAGCCGGCACCCGCUAAGGCCGAGCCGGCACCCGCUAAAGCCGAGCCAGCACCUGCCAAUACUGAGCCAGCACCGGCUAAACCCGAGCCAGCUCCUGUCAAGACUGAGCCGGCACCCGCUAAAGCCGAGCCAGCUCCUGUCAAGACUGAGCCGGCACCCGCUAAAGCCGAGCCAGCACCCGCUAAGACGGAACCAGCACCUACAAAGGCGGAGCCAGCACCCGCAAAGACAGAGCCUGUGCCUUCAAAGACGGAGCCCGCACCUGCAAAGCCCGAGUCAACACCCGCUAAGACGGAGCCAGCCAAGACAGUGUCUGAGCCUGCAAAGGCGGCGGAACCAGCACCUGCCAAAGCGGAGCCGACGCCUGUAAAAGCAGAGCCGCCUGCUGCACUGGUUAAAACCGAGCCCGUCCAACCGGACCCAGCGUCCACUAAGAAGUCUGAGUCGACGCCGGCCGACAGUGAGCCUGCGAAAAAGGCUGCAGAGCCUGCCUCUGCGAAUGAGUCAACGCCGGUGAAGACGGAGUCAAACGCUGACAAACCGGACUCGAAACCACCGCCAGCGAACUCGGAACCGGCGAACGUGAAAGCAGAACCAGCAGAGACCGACUCCAAGGCGGACAGUGCUGCCGCUGAGAAGCCGGCGACUCCGUCCGAGACGACGAAUCAGGCGCCUGCGGGCGACGCCGCCGCCUAGUCUCUGCGGGCAGCGGACGCGGCUCCCGGCUGUGGCUGCCCCGUCACGCUGGCCGCUAACGCUGCCUGCCCUGAGCACACACUGCCAUACACCCAUGGGUAGAGCCCUUCCGUUUGCGUGCCGCUUGUAGGUGUUCUGGUGGCGACCGUCUUAGUCUGCGAGUACCUGGUGCGGCGCGCCUCCAGCCGCGCAGCCGCGCCGUGAGGCGGCACGCUGCGGCCGGUCGGCAGGCCGGCGCCGGCUCGGUGGUCGCCCGGCACCGGCCGCCGCCUGUCGUGCCAGUCGUGUGGUAUCGUCUCAUCCGCAUGCCGCCUGGGAGUCCGGUGAGCGACUGUAACUGUGUUCUUAUUAAGACAAUCUAGGUUUUGUGGGUGGUGUGGGCUCAGACUCGGGCGUACGUACCUUUGUGAGUUGUAUCAUCCGCAAGGGUUAGACAAGCGAUGACAAUAUCGGGAAUCUUGAAAAUCUAGGAAGAGCUUUCAAUGUGUGCAACUCUCGCUUAAAGUGCGACAAUAUGGAGAAUCUAAAGCGACCUCAUUCUUGCAGCCUUCGGUAACUCGAAGGAACUGAUGAAGAUACAUACUAUUCAAUGGUGCUCUCUAAAUCUCAAAAGCGAUGCUUCCUUCGUGCACAGAUGCGGGGCGAUUAGAAAUAUGGUUACUGGUUGCUUCACGUGUGUUCGUCUUAAUCAGAUCAUGCCUGCUCCAACCAUCAUGCACAGCUCAAAUUAACAUCUCAGAACUUUCCGUGCUGUUUUUCGCCGUUCGCCCUAAGACCUCUGGUUCCUUCGUUUGUUUCGUUUACCGGGGGACAGGCGCGCGGCGCCGCAUGCUUCAGUUGCAUAGUUGGCCGUGUGUUGGGCCGCGGAGGCUGAUCGUUUGUCGGUUUGUGUUGUGUGUUUGUGGUGCCGCGCGGGGCCGGUCGGUGGGCACCGACCGAUGGGCUGAGCCGUCCAGCGCUGAGGCGGCGUUUGUGUUGCGUUUAACCCUUGCUAGGAGCUGUGGGUUGAUAAUUAAUGUUGACUGGUUAUUAAUAAAUAUUUCAACUAA